AAUACUCAAAUUCAAAGUUGUCAUCCAAUCACCACGCGCAAACUCGCGACAAAAUUUAUAAAAAAUAACCUACCGACAUCACAAUCUCAAACUUACAGGCGCGCACAUCGCUCCGUUUGCACUCCCAUUUAUGCCACCGUCCCGCUCGCCGACGAGCCGGCCAUCGCCACAAAGCCGUAGUCGUCGACGCGAGCACAGCUGCACCGCAACCUGCCAUGGCGAGAGCAAGGGGCUUGUUCUGCCUCGUGUCGCCGGUCCGCGGCGAGCCCUCCGACCUCCACCGCCGCCGCCGCAGCAGCGCCGCAUGCAUAUGCUGCGUCGGCCCUCACCACAAGCCGUCGUCCGGCGCUCCCGACGCCGACCUGAGCGUGAGGCUGCCGCUCAUCAGCUGCUGCAGCGGCGGGGAGGUCCGCGGCCGCAGCAGCAGCAGCGCCACGCGCACGCCGCGCACCCCGAGGACGCCCAGCGCCAGGCGCCUCUGCGGCGUGCGCUCACGCACGCCGCGCCGCGGGCAGGUCUGCUGCUUCCCCGUCGCGUCGGCAGGACCGGGACCCGCCGGCGUCGCGAGGACGCCGAGAACCCCCGCCAGGCAGGGCCCGGGCAGCGCCAAGCUGGGCAGGCGGCGCCGUUGGUUCCGCUCCGCUCGCCAGGCGGGGGCGCAGACGACGCCGCGCUUUCGGUUCGCCGGCCGCGACACCGCCCACGCUGGCAACAGCAACAACAAAAGCCUCGCGGAGGCGGAGAUGGCAGCGGCGGCUGCCGACGAGGAGACGUGCUCCAACGACGAGUACGCGCUGCUCUGCAGGGAGGGCUUCUCCCGGGAGGACGUGGCCGCGGUCACCAUCCAGGCCUACUUCCGAGGCCACCUGGCGCGGCGGGCGUUCAGGGCGCUCAAGAGCCUGGUGAGGAUUCAGGCGGUGGCGCGGGGCGCGUUCGUGCGGCGGCAGGCGGAGGCGGCCAUCCACUGCAUGCAGGCGAUGGCGCGGCUGCAGGCGCGCGUGCGCGCCCGGCGGAUGCUGGCCGUGGCCAAACCCGAACCACAGGAGGAGCAGCUCUUGCAGAGCUGACCGGAGGUUGCAUGCUCGGUCGGCAACAAGAGUCCGAGAUGAUCAAGAAGUGCACGAAUAAGGUACAGGCUGUUUGGAAUGUGCUGUUUGUGUGAGACAUUUGCUCUUUUGAUUGAUGAACUUCGCCUGGGUCUCAAGUCUGUAGUGUCCCUGUACUGUAAUUGACCUUCAUUUUCUUUUCUUUUUUGGAUGUGGCAAUAUGUCUUUGAGACUUUGAAUGUGCAACUGUGUAACUGUUGCAUUUUGUAACAUUGGUUUGAAACUUUCGAAUUUCGAGCAUGGAAAACAGCAAGAUCAAAAUUCAUAGUA